AUGUCCGACGACGAUGAUUUCAUGCAGGAAUCUGAUCCAGAGCAAUACGACUUCGAAUACGAGGACGAUGACGACCUGGGCGGUAACGACGCCUCCGUCGACAUUGAAAACAAAUACUACAAUGCCAAACAACUCAAAGCCGACAACCCGGCCGAAGCGAUCGAGGAGUUCCUCGGCGUCCCGGACCUGGAAGAAGAUAAAGGCGAAUGGGGUUUCAAAGGCCUCAAACAGGCGAUCAAGCUGGAAUUCGCGUUGGGCAGAUACGACGAUGCCGUGAAGCAUUACAAAGAGCUCUUGACGUACGUCCGGUCUGCGGUGACGAGAAAUUAUUCGGAAAAAUCCAUCAAUAAUAUGCUCGACUACAUUGAGAAAGUUGCUGGUCAGCCGACAGCAGGCGCAGGCGCUCGCAUGAGCAAGGGGGAUUCGGAGACAACGGCGUACAAGUCCAUGGAAGAGUUCUACCGCUUGACGCUUGAUACCUUUCAGAGCACGAACAAUGAGAGGCUGGCUCUCAAGACGAAUCUGAAACUGGCCAAGUUGUAUCUCGACAAGAAAGACUACAACCAACUGAGCAACAAGGUCAGGGAGAUCCAUCAGGCGUGCCAGAAGGAAGACGGCACAGAUGACCCCGGCAAGGGCACGUAUUCGCUCGAGGCUUACGCACUCGAGAUCCAGAUGUAUGCCGAAAUGAAAAACAACAAGCGCCUCAAAUCCCUAUACCACAAAGCUCUCACCGUUCGGUCUGCGGUCCCUCAUCCCAAAGUGCAAGGUAUCAUUCGAGAGUGCGGUGGGAAGAUGCACAUGAGCGAGGAAAAUUGGAAAGAGGCGCAAAGUGACUUCUUCGAGUCAUUCAAAAACUAUGAUGAAGCGGGGUCCAUGCAGAGAAUCCAGGUCUUGAAAUACCUGGUGCUGACAACCAUGUUGAUGAAAUCGACCAUCAACCCCUUCGACUCGCAGGAGACGAAACCAUACAAGAAUGAUCCACGCAUCUCGGCCAUGACAGACCUGGUGGACGCCUAUCAACGCGACGACAUUCACCGCUACGAGUCCAUCCUCAAGGAGAACCAGGAUCUGCUCGCCGACCCGUUCAUUGCCGAAAAUAUUGACGAAGUCAGCCGGAACAUGCGCACAAAGGCUGUCUUGAAGCUGAUUGCACCGUACAGCCGCUUCACCCUCCAAUUUAUCUCAAAGCAUAUCAAGAUCCCCGUCAGUGAAGUCCAGGACAUUCUGGCCGUCUUGAUUGUGGACAAGAAACUGAAAGCGAAGAUCAAUCAAGAAAAUGGAACCGUGGUAGUGGAAGACGAUCAUGCAGGUGACACGCAGCACUUGAACCAGGUUCGCGAUUGGACCUCGGCCGUCGAAACCUUGUGGUCUGCGUUGUUCAACGAAGGCGAAGGGUUCAAGCUCGAAGACACCCAGGGUGGUACCUCAUUUUCAGGCAUGAAUCUCCCGAUGGGCUUCGAACCCGGUGGGCCCAUCCCAAGCCGGGGAAUUCUAGCACGUCGGGGCGGUGGACGCGGUCGGGGAGGCGGCAAGCUACUUGCUCCAAUAUGA